UCCCGCGCGCGCGCGCGAGAGAGAGAGAUUCUACGUUCGCUUGUCCGAAACAUGGGAGCAUUUCCAUGCCUGCGCGAACGUAAGGCUGCAACUGCUCUCCUCCUUCUCUCCUCCUCCUCCUCCUCCUCCUCCUCCAACAACUCUUCCUCUCUGUCUUCAAAUUACUCUUCAAGGUGCCUCUCCAAUGAGUCCUACUCAAACAACUAUACCAUCAGUUCAGAUGGCAAGGAGGAAUCGUCUCCAAGCGGUUCGAAUUCGAAGUCGUGCUCUUCAUCUCUCACGAAUGAAGGAUCUUCUGAAAGAAAUGAACAGUUUCCGCUUAGAGUUCUCGCAGCUGCAGCUCGGUGUCAUGAAAUCAAGCUCAAGGCCGUGAGAAGACGACGUUCGAAGAACUACAAGAAGACCGACAGCAAAAAAAUGAUCUCCGGCGUAUGGGAAAAACCUGUAAUUCUAGCUCCAGCAACUGUGUCAGAAGUUACAGAGGUUUCGUCUCUCUCGAGUGCAUCCAGCAGCGUAGCUUCAGCCCUACCAAACCACCGUCUAAUAAGACUUGGGAAGAAGUUAUCACUGAUUCAGGAACGUGGUGAAGAGCGUAGAAGACAGAAAAUCAGUUCGGGUUGCCUCCGGCGCCGAGCGGAGGCCAUCAUGAAGUUUCUUUCUGUUGGUUGCGCUUCUGAGGUUCGGAUUCGCCAAGCGCUCGGAGACAGCCCUGAUACCAGUAAAGCUCUUAGAAUGUUGGUAAAGCUGGAAGAAAUUAAGCGAUCAGGUGCAGGUGGUCGUACGGACCCAUACAUCUACACGGUGGCAGAUGCAGCAGUAUCCAGGAGCGAUGUAGACUCGGAUUGACCGAGUCUUCACGUAAGUUGAAAGUUUUGGGGCCUACUCAAGAAAGGUAAUAGAAUAAGGGGUCAUAGGUAACAAACCUGACUAACACAAUGGGCCAAUUGUUAAUUGAUUUGACGAGAGUUUCUCUCUUUAAUAGAGAAAGGCAGACCCCUCGGAUACGCAAGUGUAGAGUCAUAUGAUGUUCUUGUAGUCUGAAGAUCUUUACCAUUUACCAGCAACAAUAUGUAAUAGGAGGAAGAUAU